AUAGCUACGGAGCACGCAGCAGCCCGGCCUCCCCAGCUGGUCCCCGCCGGCCGGAGGAGAGAGGCGGCACGAUGAGCCGCGUAGUAACCAUCCAGGAAGCCCAGGCCAAGCCGCAGGUGUCUCGACUCCAGUACGCGGAGAGGUCGAAGGCCGGGGGCAAUACCUCCGCCAGCCGAGCGUAUGAUUUCCUGUAUGAUCCAUUGUUUAUUGUGUCAAGUGAGAAGGACCACAUGCAGGCGAAUAUCCAAGCCACCCUGAUUCAAAGCAGACUGAAAAAAGUUCCUAGGUUUAAAACCAUGUUCAGUAACCUGAUCCAUUAUCCAAGAUAUUCUCUAUAUUGGAGCAAGUCAGAUCCUGUCCCACCGUUUAUCAGUCGGGAAUGGAAGGGACAUGAGGAGAAACACAAGGAAGCCCUCUGGCAGCUUGCUAUUUUUCAGAUGCCUCGAGAAGUUUGUGAAGAUCCUGAAGUUACUGGAAAGAAUCGCUAUAAAUACUUUGACAGACCUUUCCUUCCAUUUCAUCAACAAAUGCCACUGAAUGUUGUUUAUGCAGUAACCAAGGCAGAACCAUAUACUUUUCCUCCUACUUCUACUAAGUUACUACCCAUCGCUUCAAAGGCGACUGUGGGCACUCAGACUGAUUACCGGGAUGCCGACAUUCAAACAGAUCCAUACUCUCCAGAAUAUAUAAUAUGUCAGGACUCAAUCCCUGAGCUCUUGACACUGGCUACUCUUACCUGGGGUCGAGGUCUCCCAGCAGGACAGGCUGAGGUGGAGAUGAUAGAACGAGCCCGGGAGAAGCGUGCUUGGGAAGCCACUCUUCCCCCUCUGAGUGACACCUCCCAGUUUGAGAAGAGGAGGAGGAUGAUGAAUGCGAUGGAGAGGAAGGAGUGGGCCUUCAGAGAGCGGGAGAUUGAAAAACUGCAGGAGAUUCGCCUGGAAGUUCUAAAAGAGCUGCUGAGGAAGCGGGAAGAGAAUCAGAAUGAAGUGAACAUGAAGAACUUGAAUGCCCAGUGGUCUAAACUGCAGGAAGCAAAAGAGGCAAAAAUAGCCCAGAUCCGGCGCUCAUAUGUGUCAGCAAUCAGAAAACUUGUAGGAAAGGGAAAGAAUAUAGAAGGGAAAUUGGAGAGAAGAAAUAUCAUCAAGGACUAUUCUGAUUAUGCAUCACAAGUCUACGGACCUCUGUCUCGUCUUGGUCGUUUCCCAGACAACAACUCAGAGGACUUUGUAGUAAAAAAUCACUAUCUCAACACCUAUGAAGGAUUAGUCGAACUUGAGUCAAGUCUCCCAGAUUUUGUGACACAACCCCGGAUCAGACCUCCAAAACUAAAAGUCAUUACCACCAAAUCUGGUUUUCUGAAGAGGACAGCAAGGUUUGACUGCUGUACAAGAAGCAUGGUGGCAGCAUCUGCUUCUGGUGAGGACCUCAGACUGCUUCCAUUCAUGGCAGAAGGGGAAAGGGAGCAGGCACAUGCAGACGUAACAUGCAGAAAGAGAAGAUGCAAGGGAGAAGGAAGGAAGGCACUGUUGGAUAAGAAGAAUGAAGUUUGUAAGGCAAAGAAGCCCCUGCGUUUCCUUCAAAGAAAUCCAAUACCUCAACCUCGGCUUCCCACUCCAACCCUGCAAUUGAGUUCCAAUGAAGAAGAAGACAUAGAAAUGGCUGUGAUCUACCUUCAAAAGUUACUCCGGGGCAGAGUUGUUCAGAACAUGAUGUUUGAAGGGAAAGAAAAGCGACUGGAGUUGAUCCAGGAGUUGCGCACCAGCCACGCACUACAAGAUGAUGAAAAGCUGGUGAAAAAAGCUGAGAAGCAAGUGACCCUGGCCCUCCAGCGGGAGAGGAACUUGCAUGAGCACAAGGAGUCAUUGGUCAAAAACCAUUUGGCUGGGCUGGAAGGAAGGGCCCUGGCAGACAUGUUUGACUUCCUGUCCAAGGAGCUAGUGAGACUGCAGGAGGAGAGGAGGGUCCACGCCUUUGUCAUGCUGGCCGAUCGCCAGCGGAGGAUGCGAGAAGCUGAAGAGAGUGGUCGGCGCCAGGUGGAACUGCGACACCAGUGGCGAGACGACCAGAUAUUUAAAGAGGUAGUUAAAGUUCACCAAAGUACUGUAUCCUCCUACCUGGAAGACAUAAUACGGAACACUGAAGAGAAUACUGCAGAAGAACAAGCCAGGGCAGAAAUUGAGAAGAUGGCCAAGGAAAUCAAUGACAUUGCUUAUGAAAUGGAAAGCUGUCGAACUCAUCUUCAGUCAGAGGAGAUUGUUGCCGAGUUGGUUUAUAGUUUUCUGAUCCCAGAGGUGCAAAAAGACUUUGUCAAAGAAAAAGUGAGGAACGCACAGCGGAAACAUAUUCUUGCAGCCCAUCAGAUCAUCCACAGGCACACGGAAGCCAUGGUCCAAAAGAGAGUAACUGAGCAACAGCAAGGUGAGGUCUCAGAUGCUGACGUCUUACCUGAGAAAGAAACUCAAAAUGAGGAAAACAGCUAAGAGAUGGGGUCUCACUGUGUUGCUGGUCUUGAACUCCUG